GCAGAAGAUAUCCACCAAAUGCUAAGAGUCGUGCCGAUGUGUCAGAAAAAUUUCAUGAUUGCAGUACUGUAUCAUAUAUUGUAUACAGCACUCUCGUGUAUGACGUUCUAUCGAGAUGGUUCCGUCAAGUGGUGAGAUAUAAUUAUAGGAGCGGUGUUUUUCCAAGCCGAUUGUAAUGGUAUGAUAAAAUAUAUCAUUGCAAGGAAAGCUAUCUUUCUAUUUACGGAUGUUUAUAAUUGGCAUGUCUCACGGCUGUGAAAAUGGAAGUAGAGAGCACAGCAAAACGGGACGACGUUCAACGUUUAACAGAUGAUUCCGCAAAAGUUACUGAAGAAAAUAAAGAGACUAAUAUUGAGAAUACCGGUAGAGAAUCGUCCUCGUAUUUUAUAUCAGCUGAAAAUGUAGAAGAAAAAUUACUUGACGUGGAAAGUCAUAAUAAAGAUUACGAUGAGGAAUGUAAGACUGAUUCGACGGAAAAAAAGAUAGAAGAUACUAGUAAUAUUCAAACACCUCAACCUCCAUUAGUAUUUACAAUUGACUUUGGUAAUAACAAAGAAAUUGACAAAGUCAAAUAUCAAAAUCUGUUUGAGAGAUACAAUGCAAGACAUAGACGAAAUCUUUCUACAUCUAAGGUAGAAGUAAGUGGGAAAAAAGGAAGUGCAUUAAUGUCUCCCAACUUGGUACAAAAGCAGAAAAUUCCUAGUACCCAUUCUGAAGGUUAUUUCAGCAGCGAAGAUGAUACAAAACGUAAAACUGAUUCACUGACAGAAAAAUUAAAACAAUUAAGUACAAAAUCCAUACAUAGAACGCAUUCUCUCUCAAAGAAAUCUGAUAUCGAUUUCAAAUUACGUGAUGCUUCAAAUAAACAAGAGUUAAUGACAAGGUCUUGUGACGAACAUACAGGAGAUGCGAAAGUAUCAAGGCAGAAUCUUUCAUUGGAACUUGAUUACGCGUCGAAAUCAAACACGAAAACAUAUUGGACAUCUCAAAAAUCAGCAACUAUCAAUGAUUUAAGUCAUAUUGAAGCAUGUAAUUAUGAUGAUGAUUCAAAUGAAAAAUCAUAUACAAAGAAUAUAGAAUAUAUCGCCAGUGACAAUACAUACGAUAAUGAAAAUUAUUUUGAGACAUCUAUGAAUAGCUAUUCCCAAAAAACGUCAAAUAUUAAUUAUACUUUAAGCGAUUAUAAUUUUGAAAAUCCAAUUCCAAAAGAUAACAAUUUGUCCAGCAGUGUUAGUUGUACUAUGGAUUUAAAUAUUAGCAACAUAGAAGAAGAUACAAAUUUAGAUGUAUUUAAUGUGAGUAACAUUGAUGUUGGCUCUGAUGGAACAGUAAGUGAAGCUGGAACAUACACUAUUCAUAAAGAUUAUACGGAUGAAGAAAAAGCAAGGAUGGAUAUUGAUAAAGUUUUCAGUGUUGGCGUUUUAACGGAAGAAGAAAACAAUGAAUCUUAUGUUCAUAGUUUUAAGAUGAGUAUUUCACGGGAUAAUAACACAUGGAUAUCGGAGUGGGCUACUCAAGUUGCAGAACAUAAUUCUUUACCACCAGCAAUCGGUGGUCCUACUGGUCGUACUCCUCCUUUAAGUCCAUCAAAGAUACCAUCUCCAAUACAUUCUAAAAGUCCAAGAAUGGCACGUUAUCGACAUGAACCAAGCGAUAACAAUAUGGAUACAGAAUCAUAUUUACGGAUAAAGGAAAGAAUAGAUUUAAUAUCAAACCAACAUAGCUUAAUUGACUCGGGUGGUGAAUCUGACGAGGACACAAGCAAUAGUUAUAAUACACCACCACACAGCUCACAACGUACACCAGUACAUAAUUCUUUAGCAAGGCGUAGUAGUUUGUCUGAAUCUUUAUUCAGAAGAAUUAAUACCAAUGAUAAUCGAAGAAGUGUUCGUAAAUAUUAUAACUCAGAUAAAUCAAAGACUGAAGAUGGUGGUACAGAACUAUUAAAGAGUCCGUCCCGAACUUUAGCAUCUCAUUAUUUGGGAAGGAGAAGUAGUUCCUUGGAUAGAAAAGAUUAUACUUCCGAUACUACAGAAUCAAACACGUCCAGAAAAAAUAGUAUGAAAUAUUCUACCAAGGAUGAUGCCAAACAUACCAAUAGUCCUGUUUUAAAUCGCCUAAGGCCAUCUACACCAAAAUUAACAAACAGUCCUAUUGCAUCUCGUAAAACAUCAUCAAUGAAAAUUAUUAAUUCGCCUAUGUUAGAAAGAGCUAAACAUUUGACGAAAUCUAUGCCACAAGCAAAAAAUAUAGGAUAUUUUACUUGCGUUGAAAAUAGUCCAUAUAUGUUAAGAAAAUCGAAUAGUGCUACAAAUUAUCAUGAAGGAGGUUCUGUUCAUAAUAAAGAAAUUUGUAUAAGUUCUGGGAUACCACGAAAUUUUCUUGAAUUGCAACGGCAAUUAAACAUACAAAGAUCAUCAAGUAAUGCUAGUAUUGGAAAUUUAAAAUCUCAAGCCAUACUACUAUCUCGACAUAGUAGCUUUAAUAGUAGUGAUAUGGAUAGAAUUUCUACUAGGAAUAGAUUUCUUGUUGCUUCCGAUAGUAGCAGUGAAACUGGAGAACAACAAUCAAAAUCUCCUAUACAUCCUAUUUCUUCUGGGAUUAAAUUGAAUAGAGCAUUUAGCAUAAGAAGAGCAAGAUUAAAUUGUGAAUCUGAUACAACACCAAAUACGACGCCGGAAGAAAGACGUCGAAAAGCUCAGACUGAUGUUAAGACUACAACAUCAAUAAAUAAACAACAAAGUUAUCAACGUGGGAGAACAAGUAGUGUUAGUGCUUUCAAUAAAGAUGCAUUAAAAGCAUCAGAACCCUCCAAAUCUAGAACACCAUCUAUCUCCAGGAAUGAUGCUGGCAGAAUAAGCAUAAGAGCACCAAAAAGUUCUUAUCAUGCUUCUACUGGACAAAGAAGUGCACAGAAAUCUAACAAAGAAACUAAAAAUUCUGGCAGAAGUAAUUCAACGCUUACAUCAAAAGAGGUAGAGUUUCAAAAUUGGAAAAGAAGAAAAAGUUAUGAUCCAAUGAAAGCAGCUGCAGAAGGAAGAAAAAAGCUUGUUGAUGGUUCGAAAAAACAUCACAGUACUGAAGAUAGCUCCGGAAAUCAUGAUAAUUCUGUGUUACGCUCAGCUAGUUUUCAUGGAACUGGUGGUACUCUUUCAUUAGCAAAUGAGUGGUCUGAUAAUGAAUUAAAUUACUCUCAAGAUGAAAAUCAAGCACCUCCUCCGUGUAACGUGCAAUUGGAAAGUGAUAGCGAUUUAGAAACUUCAUCAUAUUUACAAACAACUCAAAAUGUUGUCUCAGCAAUGUCAGCACGUAUGACAGGAUAUAAUCCCUCGUUAGCAGAUUCUGACAAUGAAAGUGAUGACGAUACCAGUCAAAGUUUACAUCAAAGUACGUCAAAAGUAACGCAUCAACCUAGCGACACAGAAACAAGUGAUGAACAACACGUUACACAACCCCCAAUUUCUAAUACUAAAUAUAAUAGAGCAUUUAGUUUACGUAGGGGAAGGCUAGAACCACAACCAACAAAAUCAAUGAAUUCAAGUAUGAAUAAACCCAAAGUUGCACAGGAAACACGUGCAAAGUUAGAACAUAACACUAGUAUAAAUAGAACUGAUUCAGGACGUUUCAGCAUGCGAGCUAAUAGAAUCUCAAGUGCUGGCCUUAAAGGUAAACCAAAGGAAACAAAGAAGCCUGUUACACCAAAUGCAAGAGAAGUAGAAAUGCAAAAUUGGAAACGUCGUAAAAGUUAUGAUCCUAUGAAAGCAGCACUAGAAGGACGAAAGAAAGCUAGUUUAUCAAAGAAAUGCACUAAUUCCAAUCUCUCACCAAGCCAUGUAGCUAGAUCACAAAGUUUCCAUGGUUCAAUGGGUCUAGGCAGUGGAGACUGGAGUGAUGAAGAAUUAGCUAUAUCUGCGGAUGAAGCUCCUCUUUACUAAAUCAGGUAGUAACUGUCUCUAGGAUUAAAAUGUGCAACUAUAUCGAAAGAUAAAAUGAAUUUUUAUAGACCUUCAUGUACAUAAUUGAACUAACAGGAGCUACUUUGCAAAAAAUUUUAUGCACUCGUAAUCAGUUUCAGAAACGGGGAGAAAAGAAAGAGAAAAGAAAAAAAAAAUAAGCUGUAGCCAAACAUUUUAUAUAUUAAAAAUUUGUAUAGCCUGCAAUAUAUGAUAUAGAGAGAUCUUUUGUUUGAUUCAAUUAUUUAAACUUUUUAUUAGUAUAAGCACUGUAAGCAGAUUAAUUUUGUUUUCUUUUACAUUGGAAAAGACUAAACAAAUAUUAUGCAAUACAUAUGUAGUAUUUGAAACUUUGUGCUUAUCACUAUUAUCUCUCUAAAAGAUAAUUAUAAAAUUAAUUUAUAGAAUUAGUUUAUCUAUGAUCGAAUUUAUUUUAUAAUAAUUAAAUAGUUUGUAGUUUUCAGUAUUUAUGUAAUAAUGUUAUAAUAUAAUGAAUAUAUAUACUUUUCUAUGCUUGAUAUAUUGAAAAGAAGUUUCUAAGAAAUUUUCAUGACAAAAUGCUCUCUAUGUUAUUGUAUUACAGACGCAAAUUUUUUUUAAUUUAUUCAUUUAUCGAUAUAAUAACUAUAACGGUGUACUUCAUGUUAAAUUAUAUACCAUAAAAAGAAAUUGAAAAUUUUAUAAUAAACCAAUAAUUGGCUUUGCUACAUAAUUACGAGUGCACAUACAAUACAUAUGUCGCUUAAACUAUAAUUAUGCAAUAAAUUAAAAAAAAAAUUUUGUUUUGAUAAAAUGAAUUAUUUUUUUAUUUAAUAAAAUGAAUGUGAUUAUUAUAUGCUUUACAGUAAUAUAAUAAGUAUUGUAGUUUACUAUUGAUUUAAUUAAUUUACAUGCUUUUUUCCAUCUAAGCUAUGUAAAUAAUAGUAAACCCAUUAAAUUGAUCCUAAAGAUUGAACAUCUUUAUAUAGUUUGUUGAACGUUAUGAUCUGAAGAUACAAAAUUAUAGCAUUAGAUAUAAGCUAUUCAUUGCGUAUUUAAUAUCAUUCAAAUAUCACUACAUCUUCCAAAAGUUUUUUUAUUGUUGUUUAGAAAAUUCUAUUACAUGUUUGUUGUGCCUGUAUUGCUCUAUUACAAAUUUAAUAAUAAUUUUGCAUCCCCUGACAGAUACAUUUUGUCAUACUCCAAAAGCGAAUAUAAAAGAAUUAUUGUAUACUUAGCUUCCUUUGAAUAUUGUAAAUUAAUCAAAAAUUAGUCUGAUUACAAUUACAUUUUUAUUGCACAAUUUUAUAAAAAUCAAAAAUUUUUCUUCCUCUUAUUAUCUAUUAUACACAUAUUAUUGAGAAUAUAUUGCAAUGAUAAAAAUAAGAAGAAAAAUAUAGAUCUUCUCUGUAAUAAUAACCUCUAAAGACAAAUAAUUGUAAUUACAUCUUUUCCCAAUUUUUCUUUUUUUUAUUUUUUCUUCUCUUUGUUGAUAAAAUACAUAACAUUAUAAACAAUAUCUACUAAGAACUAAAUAUAUAAUUCAAUGCAAAAAAUAUAUUCAUUUUCUAAUAGAUAAAAUUAAAAAUUCUAGUAGGUUAUUACAAUUAAGUAUCAUUCAUAACAACUUGAGGAAAGAUAAUUUUUAUAUCUUGCAUUGAAUUAAAAGAAAGGUGCUAACUAAACAAUUGAUUGCAACGGUCAUCAAACGCGGCUAUAUAAAUAUAGUCAAAAAAUUAAACAUGAAUUUAUUAUUAAUAAAUAUUGAUUACCUAUUCAUAUAGAAUUUAAUCUUCUAAAGUUGGUACUGAUAUAUUGUGAAAAAAAUUAGCUUAUUUUUUACUUGUGAUAUGAAUUAUACUCUCUGUAUACUUUAUAUAGUACAUUAUAUAUAGACAAUUGUAUUAGGAACAAAUUAUUAUAGUAUAUAAGCUCUUAUAUUAUAUGAUAGUAUAUAUAUAUUAUAGGUUUUUAUUUUUUAAUUCCACAUCAAUGUUGACAUGUUCUUCCUUGCAAAUGUGAAUGGGCUUCCAAUGAGAAGAUCAUUGUAUAACUAUAAAACAAAUAUUUUGUUAAUUCCGACAAAACUUAAAGAAGGAUAAUGUUUUUAUUAACUAUGUCCUAUAGCAUCACUUUAUGAUCGCUGAAAUAUAUAUUUACUCGUGCUUUUCGAUUUACAAGAACCAAAGUAUGCUACAAUUCGAAUAUUCGAUAAAUGAUAUCAUUUAUAUCAAUUUAUAUUAAUUUAUACUAACAUUUAAAGAAUUAUGUUAAGUCAAUUGCGUUAAAAUAUAAGUUAUGAUUUAAAUUUUUA